GUUUCGUCACGGUUAUUGUGCUCCUGGCGCCUUUACCCCUCAAACACGUGUAGUAGGAGACUGUAGUGGUCAGUAAGCCUCUCCAGCUCUCAGCGCCGUCCACCUCAGCCUAAAUGACCGCCACAAUGAAGUAUAUCCUGGUGACGGGUGGUGUGAUCUCAGGGAUUGGUAAAGGCAUCAUCGCCAGCAGUGUUGGUACUAUUCUGAAGUCAUGUGGCCUCCAUGUCACCGCCAUCAAAAUCGAUCCCUAUAUCAACAUCGACGCCGGGACCUUCUCUCCGUAUGAGCAUGGUGAGGUGUUUGUGCUGGACGAUGGAGGAGAGGUGGACCUCGAUCUGGGGAACUAUGAGCGCUUUCUGGACAUCCGACUCACCAAAGACAACAACCUCACCACCGGAAAGAUCUACCAGUCAGUCAUUAACAAAGAGCGACGGGGAGACUAUCUGGGGAAAACUGUUCAGGUGGUGCCACACAUCACUGAUGCCAUUCAGGAGUGGGUGAUGAAGCAGGCCAAGGUCCCCGUGGAUGAUGACGGCAUGGAGCCUCAAGUCUGUGUCAUAGAGCUGGGCGGCACAGUCGGAGACAUCGAGAGCAUGCCCUUCGUCGAGGCUUUCAGACAGUUCCAGUUUAAAGUGAAGAGGGAGAAUUUCUGUAACAUCCACGUCAGUCUGGUUCCUCAGCCCAGUGCUACAGGUGAGCAGAAGACCAAACCCACCCAGAACAGCGUCAGAGAGCUGAGAGGACUCGGCCUGUCCCCAGACCUGAUCAUGUGCCGCUGCUCCACUCCCCUUGAUAACUCAGUGAAGGAGAAAAUCUCCAUGUUCUGUCACGUGGAACCUGGACAGGUGAUUUGUGUCCAUGACGUCUCGUCCAUCUACAGAGUGCCCCUGCUGCUGGAGGACCAGGGUGUGGUGAACUACUUCUGCCGCAGACUGGACCUGCCCAUCGAGAGCAGGCCCAGGAAGAUGCUCACCAAGUGGAAGGAGAUGUCAGACAGAUCAGACAGACUGUUGGAGCAGUGCUCCAUUGCUCUCGUUGGGAAGUACACGAAGUUCUCUGACUCGUACGCCUCCGUCAUCAAAGCCCUGGAGCACUCGGCCCUCGCCAUCAGCCACAAACUAGAGGUUAAGUAUAUUGAUUCUGCAGACCUGGAGCCGAGUACUCUGCAGGAGGAACCUGUGAAGUACCACGAAGCUUGGCAGAAACUGUGCAGUGCAGAUGGGAUUCUGGUACCGGGUGGUUUCGGAGUGAGAGGAACCGAAGGCAAGAUUCAGGCCAUCAGCUGGGCCCGCAAACAGAAGAAGCCUUUCUUAGGUGUGUGUUUGGGAAUGCAGCUCGCAGUCUGUGAAUUCGCCAGGAACAUGCUGGGCUGGGCAGAUGCCAACUCCACUGAAUUCGACCCAGAAUCAAAGCACCCUGUGGUGAUCGACAUGCCUGAGCACAAUCCUGGACAAAUGGGCGGCACAAUGAGGCUGGGAAAGAGGCGGACCAUUUUCAAAACAAAGUCCAGCAUAUUGAGAAAGCUGUACGGAGACGUAGACUAUGUUGAGGAAAGGCACAGACAUCGUUUUGAGGUGAACCCAGAGCUGAAGCAGCAUUUUGAGGACAAAGGCUUCCUCUUCGUGGGUCAGGAUGUAGAGGGAGAGAGGAUGGAGGUCAUAGAGCUGGAAGACCACCCGUACUUCGUGGGCGUGCAGUACCACCCAGAGUUCACGUCCAGACCCAUCAAGCCCUCGCCUCCGUACUUCGGCCUGCUGCUGGCUGCGGCCGGAAAGCUGCACAGCUACCUGCAGAAGGGCUGCCGCCUCUCACCACGCGACACAUACAGCGACCACAGCGGUAGCAGCUCUCCAGACUCGGAGAUAGCAGAGUUCAAACUGCCCUCCAUCUCCCAGGACUGACCGAAUCAGUGAACAGGCUGCAGUUGGAGAGAUGUACUGAAGAUCAGGCUCACAAGCUUUUUAACAUGUUUUACUACAAUACUGAACAUUUUAUUCAGACUCUGGUUACUUUCCUCACGUCACUGGGCAGCUUUGAGGUGUCUGUGCUUUUAUCUUCAUGUACUUUCAGUUACAGCAAUGUAAUGUUUUGUAAAAGUUGCAUAACAGUUACUUUAUCAAAUGAUGUUUUUUUGUAUUAUUUUGCAACUACAGGCACCACAACUUUCCAAACACUGACCCUGUUUAAAUAGUACUGUCACUGCAUGUCAGGUGUUUCUGAUAAAGGACCCAAUUCCACUCAAUUCACUGAUCAGGACUAGCCGUCUGCUGCUGCAUUAGAUGGAGACCUUGAAUUAGUCUUAAGCCUAGACUAUAUGGAUUUUUUGAAAUGGUGAAACAAUUACAGAUCAGUCCUGGUUUAAGCAUCCAAGAAACUAGCCUGACCAGAGUUCAGCCUUCACUGCUGCAGUAUUUAAGACUAUUCAGAGUUAAAACUUAUUAAAUCUCCAUUUAAUGCCAUUUUAAGUGUUGCUCAGGGUAGGCCUUACUUUUAACUACUGCCUUUGUGUAUUAUGGGUAUUUAUAUAAACACAAGCUAAAUAAAGUUGUCCAUGCAUGUGUUCUGUAAAUAAAGU